AUGUCAGACACUUCGACUUACAAGUUCAACCACACCAUGCUCCGGGUCAAGGACCCUCAGCGAUCCCAGAAGUUCUACGAGCUUCUCGGCAUGAAGUUGAUCAACAAGCUCGAGAAUCCCGAUGCCAACUUUGAUCUCUACUUUAUGGCCUACGACAACCCCAAGUCGGUUUCCCACGGCAAGCACUGGUCAGACCGUGAAGGCCUCAUCGAAUUGACUCACAAUUACGGUACCGAAAAGGACGACAACUACACAGUCAACAACGGCAACGGCAAGGAGAACCGCGGAUUUGGCCAUGUCUGCAUCAGCGUCGACAACAUCCAGGACGCCUGCAAGCGUAUUUCUGACGCUGGCUACUCUUUCCAAAAGCGCCUCGAGGACGGUCGCAUGCGUUCCAUCGCUUUCGCCCUCGACCCCGAUAGCUACUGGGUCGAAAUCAUCUCCCAGAACCCCGUCAGCGAGACCGAGGGCAAGAAGUCGGAUGUAGACACAUACCGCAUGAACCACACCAUGAUCAGAGUCAAGGAUGCUGAGAAGUCUCUCAAGUUCUACCAGGACGUCAUGGGCAUGACCCUACAGCGUACUUCGGAACAAAAGGAGGCUGGUUUCACUCUUUACUUCCUCAGCUACGGCCCCAAGGCUCCCGAACAAUCUGCAAACGGUGUCAACCCUAUCGCUGACCGCGAGGGUAUUCUCGAAUUGACGCACAACCACGGCUCUGAGAACGACGACAGCGUCAAGUACCACAACGGUAACGACGAGCCACAAGGAUUCGGUCACACCUGCGUCUCAGUCGACGACUUGGACGCAGCCUGCAAACGCUUCGAGGACAUGAAUGUUUCAUGGAAGAAGCGUUUGACAGAUGGCAGAAUGAAGAAUGUUGCCUUCAUCCUCGACCCCGACAACUACUGGAUUGAGGUCAUUCAAAACGAGAAGCUCAAGAACAGAGCCAACUGGUAA